AUGGCCGCGCUUCUCAACAAGCGGGCGCGCACGACAGUGCAGGAGGUCAGCGUGGAUGAGAUCAUGCAGUGCUUUCAAGCCUUCCUCGCGGCGAAGAAAGACCGCGACCUCACUGCUCUCUUAGAGCGGGCGCUGCAAGUCAGCUGGAAGUCGGCGCCAUCCACAGCCCUUCCCGCCUUUGUGGAAGGCUACGAGCUCUUCGCCAACGUCUUGCAGCGAUGCGGGCCUGUGCUCAGCAACCAGAAGACCCUGCUGGCCUUGGUCUCCUUGCACGACGACAAGCCCUGCAACUUCACCCGCCAGCCCAUGCGGGCAUGGGCAGACCUGGUGAGCGCCAGCGUCCGCGCCUGCCUGGCCAAGCUCCGCGAGCGCGCCUACGACCCCACCUUGCAAGAAAGGACGCUGCGGAAGGCCACAGUGCAGCAGGCGUCUGCCUUGCAGGGCCUGGCCGCCAUGGUUCGCCGCUGGGAUGACAAAGGGCCGACCUCGUCGGCCUUGCCGCUCGCCCUGGCGGCGCAGGUGCUCGCGCCAGCGGCGGGCGCAGAUGCCGCAACUGCCUUGGGCGACGACGGCUGGCCGGACUUCAUGGCCGCGCUGUCGGUGGAGCCUGUCACCUAUGAGCAGAAGCUGCAAGGCAAGGACGCCGACGACCGCGAGCCCGCCAGCCCGGACAAGGACGCCCAGGCCAGGACACAGCCGCCGCCCCGGACAUCGAGGCCGGCAAAGAAGCCAGCCGCGAAACAGCAGGCGGCCACUUCAAGUGCUCCUGGAAAGAAGCAGCUGAAGAUGACGGGCAAGUGCAUCGCCAGCCGGGCCUACGCCAAGGCUCUCAAAACUGGCGGCAUAGAGGCGGCACGGGCAGCGCACGCCCAAGCCCUGGAAGAGUGCAGGGCGAAGGGCAUUCCUUUUGAUUAG